AUGAAGAUUGUACGCCAAACCUGCAAGCACCUUACAGAUGUGUCUCCUCUCGCAUCCACCGAGGCACUGGAAGAGGUGGAUCUGUCUGGGUGUGAAGGUCUAAAAAUUGUUGGUUCCCUUGGCAGGCUGCCUGCCCUGCGUGAGCUUGAUUUGGGAUGCACUGCUAUUACAGACGGGUGUUUGCAGGGUCUUAAUGCAAGUUGCAGCCUUGUGAGGAUUGCACUCCAACACUGCAGGCACCUUACAGAUGUGUCUCCUCUCGCAUCCAUUGAGACACUGGAAGAGGUGGAUCUGUCUGGGUGUGAAGGUGUGAGGACUGUUGAUGCCCUUGGCAGGUUGCCUGUCCUGCGUGAGCUUGACUUGAGAUGCACUGCUAUCACAGACAGUGAGUUGCAGGGUCUCAGUGCGAGCCGCAGUCUUGUGAAGAUUGUACUUCCAGACUGCAGGCACCUUACAGAUGUGUCUCCUCUCGCAUCCAUCAAGACGCUAGAGGGGUUGAUUCUGUCUGGGUGUGAAGGUGUGAGGACUGUUGGUGCUCUUGGCAGGCUGCCUGCCCUGCGUGAGCUUGACUUGGGAUGCACUGCUAUCACAGACGAGGAGUUGCAGGGUCUCAGUGCGAGUCACAGGCUUAUGAAGAUUGUCCUCUGUAACUGCAAGCACCUUACAGAUGUGUCUCCUCUCGCAUCCAUCAAGACGCUGGAAGAGGUGGAUCUGUCUGGAUGUGAAGGUGUGAGGACUGUUGGUGCGCUUGGCAGGCUGCCUAUCCUGCGUGAGCUUGUCUUGGGAUGCGGUUCUAUUACUGACGGGGAGUUGCAGGGUCUCAGUGUGAGCCGCAGUCUUGUGAGGAUUUUUCUGGCAGACUGCAAGCACCUUACAGAUGUUUCUCCUCUCGCAUCCAUCAAGACACUGGAAGAGGUGGAUCUGUCUGGAUGUGAAGGUGUGGGGACUGUUGGUGCCCUUGGCAGUCUGCCUGUCCUGCGUGAGCUUGAUUUGGGAUGCACUGCUAUCACAGACGAGGAGUUGCAGGGUCUCAGUGCGAGUCGCAGCCUUGUGAAGAUUGUACUCCGAACCUGCAAGCACCUUACAGAUGUNUCUCCUCUCGCAUCCAUCAAGACACUGGAAGAGGUGGAUCUGUCUGGAUGUGAAGAAGUGAGGAGUUUGGGUGCCCUUGGCAGGCUGCCUAUCCUGCGUGUGCUUGACGUGGGAUGCGCUGCUUUCACAGACGAGGAGUUGCGGUGCCUCAGUGCGAGUCGCAGUCUUGUGAAGAUUGUACUUCAAACCUGCAAGCACCUUACAGAUGUGUCCCCUCUCGCAUCCAUAGAGACGCUCGAAGAAGUGGAUCUGUCUGUCUGUGAAGGUGUGGAAAUUGUUGAUGACCUUGGCAGGCUGCCUGUCCUGCGUGAGCUUGUCUUGAGAUGCACUGCUAUUACAGACGAGGAGUUGCAGGGUCUCAGUGCGAGUCGCAGUCUUGUGAGUAUUGUACUUCCAGACUGCAGGCACCUUACCGAUGUGUCUUCUCUCGCAUCCAUUAAGACGCUGGAAGAGGUGGAUCUGUCUGGAUGUGAAGGUUUGAGGACUGUUGGUGCUCUUGGCAGGCUGCCUGCCCUGCGUGAGCUUGACUUGGGAUGCACUGCUAUCACAGACGAGGAGUUGCAGGGUCUCAGUGCGAGUCAGAGUCUUAUGAAGAUUGUACUUCCAGUCUGCAGGCACCUUACAGAGGUGUCCCCUCUCGCAUCCAUCAAGACGCUGGAAGAGGUGGAUCUGUCUGGAUGUGAAGGUUUGAGGACUGUUGGUGCUCUUGGCAGGCUGCCUGCCCUGCGUGAGCUUGACUUGGGAUGCACUGCUAUCACAGACGAGGAGUUGCAGGGUCUCAGUGCGAGUCACAGUCUUAUGAAGAUUGUCCUCUGUAACUGCAAGCACCUUACAGAUGUUUCUCCUCUCGCAUCCAUCAAGACGCUGGAAGAGGUGGAUCUGUCUGGAUGUGAAGGUGUGAGGACUGUUGGCGACCUUGGCAGGCUGCCUGUCCUGCGUGAGCUUGAUUUGGGNCCUCUCGCAUCCAUCAAGACGCUGGAAGAGGUGGAUCUGUCUGGAUGUGAAGGUGUGGGGACUGUUGGUGCUCUUGGCAGGCUGCCUGCCCUGCGUGAGCUUUUCUUGGGAUGCACUGCUAUUACUGACGGGGAGUUGCAGGGUCUCAGCGCGAGUCGCAGUCUUGUGAAGAUUGUACUCCAAACCUGCAAGCACCUUACAGAGGUUUCUCCUCUCGCAUCCAUCAAGACACUGGAAGAGGUGGAUCUGUCUGGAUGUGAAGGUGUGGGGACUGUUGGUGCUCUUGGCAGGCUGCCUGCCCUGCGUGAGCUUUUCUUGGGAUGCACUGCUAUUACUGACGGGGAGUUGCAGGGUCUCAGCGCGAGUCGCAGUCUUGUGAAGUUUGUACGCCAAACUAGCAAGCACCUUACAGAGGUUUCUUGUCUCGCUUCCAUCGAGACACUGGAAGAGGUAUAUCUGUCUGGGUAUAAAGGAGCAAGGACUGUCGGUGCUCUUGGCAGGCUGCCUGCCCUGCGUAUCCUUUUCUUCAGGUGCACUUCUAUUACAAAUUGGGAGUUGCAGGGUCUCAGUGCGAGUCGCAGUCUUGUGAAGAUUGUACUCCAAGAAUGCAAUGACCUAACAGAUGUGUCUCCUCUCGCAUCCAUCGAGACACUGGAAGAGUUGGUUCUUUCUGAUUGUGAAGGUGUGAGGACUGUUGGUGUUCGUGUCAGGCUACUUAGCGUAGGUGAGUUUCUUGAAAGGGUGUGUUAA